AUGAUCAAGCGUCGUCUUACCUUUCCAUUCUUUUUACCCACGAAUAUCUCAGAGUUUGUCAAAAACAUAUUCUUUUCCAUUUUGUUGCUUUGUGUUUCAAAUGAGACUUUCAGAUGUGGAGAGAAUGCAGUUUCAGCUCAACUGCCGAAAAUAAUCUAUAUACAUUGGAAACUAUUUUCUUCUUUUCAUCCCUUCUAUAGCUUAUUCUUAUUGACUGUCUUGAGCACUAAUACCAUCAUCUAUAUCCUCACCAUAGCCCAUUCUAUUUUUAAAAUUGUCAACAGCUCAUCUGCCAUUUUGCUCAUUUAUUAUAUCAUAUCUGCUGUAGAAGUUUAUUCCCAAGCGAUGAUGUUCUGUUGCGUGUUGGAACGUGUUUGUGCGACAGUUUUUCGGAAGAACUAUGAAUACAGUCGCUUUUGGAAGCUCGCUGUUCUUUCCCAGCCUUUAGCUUUUCUAUAUUUGGCGCCUUUAUACUUGCUUUCUACACUCGAUCAGUUGGCUAUUAGACUUAUAGUUUAUAUACUAACAUCUCUGCUCUUAAUCCUCGUCUUAGGUUGCAAUUGUCAUAUAACGUUGAAGCUCAUUGGAUCUGGGGCUUCUCUCUCCACCAGAUAUCAAGUCAUAGAGAACAUUCGUACUUUGAGAAUGAUCUUACCUAUAGCUCUAGUCCAGAUAUGUACAUUUUUCAUUGGCAAUAACUUCAUUGCUAUAUUAGACAGUCUAUUCCCGAAGUUUUGCUUGAAUGACGUCGAAUAUGUCAAUAUCAUACGCGUCUUCAUUUUCUUUGUCAUUAGCCUUGUGAUACCAUGUGCCAUUGGGAUGAGUCAUAAUGCUUAUCGAAAGUAUAUGUUACCCUUGCGUUUUCAAAGAUCUCGUCGUUUAGUAUUCAGCCAGCAUCAAGUGUCCUUAAGUGUUGCUUCGAACAUUGGUCCUCGCGAAAAAAAGCUGCCGAAAGUAGUGAAUGUUCUUGGCAUAGAGAUAUCCAGUGUCGGAGAGCAAAUGUACUUCGAGAACCUCUCGAAAGCAUGGAACUUGACAAAGUUUUAG